AUGCAAGAUAACCGGCCGCGGAGGAAGAGCAUCGCCGUAGGGAAGCAGCCCAGCAUGGACGUCUCCCCCUCUGCCCCUCUCCAACCUUUCCGACAAUCCGUGAGUAACCGGCCCCGCUCGCUGCCCCCCACCCUGUCCCUGGCCCCCACGUCCCGGCGCUGUAGUGCGAGCCGCCCCCAGCUCCCCGGCCUGGCUCCGUACUCGUCCUCUCUGCCCCUGCCCUGCUCCCUCCCCUUCACACCCGCACCCCCCCACCUCACGUCACACCGUGCAGCUGACGGCGCGGUGCCGGGAGGAGCCUUUAUCUCACCGCUGCCCCCUGUGGAGAGCUUCCUCAGUAAAAGGCUAAAGGGCUCCAUCAAACGGGCCAAGAGCCAGCCUAAACUGGACCGCUCCAGCAGCUUUCGCCAUAUGAUCCUGCCCCGCUUCCGCAGUGCCGACCAGGAUAGGACCCGCCUGAUGCAGAGUUUUAAGGAGUCGCACUCCCAUGAGUCCUUGCUGUCUCCCAGCAGCGCGGCGGAGGCUCUGGACCUGACGCUGGACGAGGACACCAUCAUCAAACCCGUCCACUCCAGUAUCCUGGGACAAGAGUACUGCUUCGAGGACAACAGCCGGCGAGUGGACAAUGUCCUGAAGCUGUGGAUCAUCGAGGCUCGAGAGCUUCCCGCCAAAAAGCGCUACUACUGCGAGCUGUGCCUGGAUGACAUGCUGUACGCCAGAACCACCAGCAAACCCCGCACCGACACCGUGUUCUGGGGAGAGCACUUUGAGUUCAACAACCUGCCGGCCGUCCGCAACCUGCGCCUGCACCUGUAUAAGGAGACGGACAAGAAGAGACGCAAGGUAUACGUCCAUCUGGCCCAACGCCACAGGACUCACGCCAACACUAGUCGGGAACUGGGUUCAAAAACUGACGCCAUAGAGAUCCGCGCUGCCUCCGCUAAAAACAGUGUCUACAUUCCUCAGCUGUUCAUUGUUUUGGAUAAAGGGACAAAUGGGAAAUUCACGUAA